UACAACAUGAGUUUAUUACUUCCUGCUUUGCAUUAACCUCAUAUAUAUAUAUAUAUCAUUCUUGCCUUUCUUUCUUUCUCUCUUUCUCUCUCUCUCACACACUCUCUCUUCUUCCCUUCAAACGGUGAUCUUUCCUUUGGCAUUUCUUAGUUGCUUAUUAUUCUGUGUCUCGGAUGAUCGAUCAAGAGAAACUGAACAGGGAGAGAAUUUGAAUUGAGACUGGGGAUGCUGCUGUAUGCACCUCCUGAACAUUGCUGAUCGAGUACCUUAUCUACAUAAUUUGUAGGCAAGAACCACGGAUUCGGAUGAAUGCGUCUAUUGCUGUAAACACACAAGGAAUUUGGUGAUAGUGUGAAUUUUGAGGCAAAUAUACUUGAUAAAGAAAGGUUCCUUGCUUAUAAAGCUUGAAAGCACCACAAGACCGGGGUGCUUGUUUUGUGUUUGAGGAAUUGUGUCUGAGAAAUGGAGAAAAGGGGGAAUGUUUUGAUGCAAAAGUAUGAAUUUGGCAGGCUAUUAGGCCAAGGAAACUUUGCAAAGGUUUACCAUGCAAGGGACCUCAAAACCGGUGACAGUGUCGCCAUUAAGGUGAUCGACAAGGAGAAAAUUCUGAAAGUUGGGAUGAUGGAUCAAACCAAGCGAGAGAUAUCUAUUAUGAGACUGGUUAAGCACCCCAAUGUGUUGCGGCUUUAUGAGGUCUUAGCCACCAAAACCAAGAUUUACUUCAUCAUAGAAUAUGCAAAAGGGGGUGAACUAUUCAACAAGGUAGCAAGAGGUAAACUACAUGAGGACAUGGCAAGGAGGUACUUUCAACAACUGAUCAGUGCUGUCGAUUUUUGCCACAGAAGGGGUGUUUAUCAUAGGGAUUUGAAGCCGGAAAACUUGCUCUUGGAUGAUAAUGGUGUUCUUAAGGUAGCAGAUUUUGGACUGAGUGCACUAGUUGAGUCUCAUAGCCAAGCCAACAUGCUGCAAACCGUUUGUGGAACGCCUGCAUACGUCGCUCCUGAGGUUAUAAGUCGAAAGGGUUAUGAUGGAGCCAAAGCCGAUGUAUGGUCUUGUGGAGUGAUCUUAUAUGUUCUCUUGGCUGGUCAUUUGCCAUUCUAUGAUUUGAAUCUUAUGGCACUGUACAGGAAAAUUACCAAAGCAGAAUACAAAUCUCCCAACUGGUUUUCAUUUGAAGCGCGCAGACUAUUAGCAAGGAUCCUUGAUCCCAACCCAAAAACAAGGAUAUCCACUGCAAAAGUUAUGGAAAGUUCUUGGUUCAGAAAGGGGCUCAAUUUGAGAUCAGAUCAAAAGCGGAGAGAGGGUCCAGAUUCAGCUUCAGCUGAUUCAGAUAAAGUUCUCGGCCUAUGUGACAGUGGAAGUUCUUCUGCAGAGGCAAAUCAAGCAUUGGUUAACUAUAACUUAAAUGCUUUCGAUAUAAUUUCUCUUUCUGCCGGGCUUGACUUGUCUGGCCUUUUUGCAAGCAUUGAUGAACAGGAUGGUGUAAUGAAAUUUACAUCCAUGAACUCUGCUUCAUCAAUCAUUUCCACGUUGGAGAAUAUCGCUCAAGUUCUGGGGUUGAAGAUAGCUAAGAAGGAUGGAGGCCUGUUUAGACUAGAGAGAUCCAGGGAAGGUAGGAAAGGGCCACUUUCCAUUGAUGUCGAAAUAUUCGAGUUUGCCCCCUCUUUCCAUUUGGUUGAAAUCAAGAGAUCAUGUGGUGAUACAAUAGAAUACCAGAAGAUAUUGAAGGAAGAUAUAAAACCAGCUUUGAAAGAUAUUGUCUCAGUUUGGCAAGGUGAGCAGCAACAGCAAUAGCAACUAUAUAUGUUUGUGUACUUAAAAAAAAGGGAUUCAUAUGAUUUUAUACUUUGAAUUAAUACUUACCUCUAGCUAAGUGACUUCUUGUGACAAAGUUACUAUUGUAAUUCAUUUGUUUAUAUUUAUACCAUAUAUACUAUACAUGGUCUUGUUUGAGAAUUAAGAAUGUUUGAUGAAUUCUUAAUUGUCAUUACACCAUACCAAGUUA